CACGAGCUCCCACCAAAUUCACAAAUCCCCCGAGACUUCUCGGAAACCCGUUUCCACGACAAGAAAAAAUCCCAAAACUGUGAAAAUCAUUUGAAUACGUGCUGAAACCGUCGGAAAACGCUGCAAAAAGUUGGGUAUUGUGAAUACUAAAGCGGAAGUGAAGCCGACGUAGCCCCUGGGGUUGCGUUUGGGAAUUCAACGAUUGCACCGAGGCCAGAGAGAGGUGGGAAGUGAGUGCCAUCUUGGAUUGAGUGCGAGGCAUCGGCGGCUUUUUUCGGUCUUUUCAUUGACAAGUUUAUUAAUCGUUGAGUUUAUUGAUACUGGGGAGGGAAAGACAAAACUGUUGGUUUAAAUCAUCGAAAAUGCUAUUGCACGAGGAUUAUUGUCCCUUGGUUAUUGACGGAAGAAUCCAGCCAGUUGAAUACUAACCCUUUCAGUGCAUUCCAACCACGUCUCCAGGGUUGUGAGCAAUAACUUCGGCAUUGUUGAAUCGAAGAGGUGACUCAAAGAGGAUUGGACGUACUGGGCAAGAUGGAGGGUGACGAUGGCCCUGUGGUCAUCAAUAACAAUCCCAGCGUGAUCAAAGCUGCUCAAGAGGAAAUGGGCCGUUUGGACGUAUUGGUUUGCGGUCAGUGCCACUCAGUAUUCCACUUCAUCGAACAGUUUCAGGAGCAUCGCUCAAAGGAGGGUGUCUGCUCGAAAACCUCUCACUUUCGUGAUAAUGGUAACAACGAACAAAAAGCCCAGGUAUGGGCAUUCCUUCUGUGGAAAGACUCCCAGAUCCAGCAGGAGGGCUCAGACAAGGAUUCCUCCAACUCCUGGAAGCUUUACCAGAAAUGGUGCAAGAUGGAGGCAAAUAUAAGAGAGUCAUGGGUGACAGCUGGCAAGACAAUUCAAAAUUUCACGAGAAUCAGUAAUGCCAAGAUGCAAGAGGCACCACGUCAAAUGCAGACAGCAGAUGGAAUUAAAUCGACUGUUGUUGUACGAAAAGUAAUUAGAAAUGGUCAGCCCGAGGACAGUGAUGCUAAGAAGACGACUAAAGUGGAUCCAGCAAAGCCAGAGCCUCAGCAACAAUCAUUCCUGGAGAAAAAACCCAUCCAACCGCGUCCCAAGACCAUUGUUAAGCCUAAAACAAAGCCAGGGAAAAUGCCUGGGGAAGAAGAAGAGGAGAAUCAAGAGGAAUUCGCUGUCGAGAAGAUCAUGGCAAAACGAUACAACACCAAGAAGAAGUGUGCUGAGUUCCUUUUGAAGUGGGAGGGCUAUCCCACAGAGCAAAACUCGUGGGAGUCUGCUGAGGUUGUCAACACUUGUAAAUACCUCCUGGAGGAGUUCGAGAGAAAUUUGGCGAAGCAGAAGGAACUAAAGGAACUGAAGGCUCAACAGCAGCUGCAGAUGCAGCAGCAGGGAACUGUUACGAAAAUCGUAGCCAGACCUAACAUUCAGAAGACAUUGAUAAAACCGGAGAUCGGCAAACCUGGACCUAGUACUGCUGCUCAGACUGUCCGACCUAUGAGAUCCAGCAAGUCGAAGGCGAUGGAUCAGGUGAAGCAGUGGUGUGGAACCAUGAAGGAUGAAGAGAGUGAUCUCCUUGGAAAAAGAAGAAUGGAAUCAACUGAUUCUGACUCUGAGGACGCGACCGCUCCUAAAAGAGCAAAAGCUGAUACUGGAAGUGAUGAAGACUGGACUGGAGAAUCUGAGGAAGAGAGGCUCAUGGGAAGGAGUGAUGUCAUUCAGAGGGCAUUCAACCGGGCGAAUGCCCAAUCCAAUGGCUCCAACAAGACUGUUGUGACAACGUCCGAAGUUGUUACUGGACAGACUCCAGUGUUGGUGGCCAACGCGAAGGGAGUGGUCAAGGUCGAUCCCAAGCAGAUGGGAGAUUUGUCGUCUGGAGUUUACGUGCUAUCAAGAAAGGAGGGAAUCAUCAAAUUGGAUUCAACACCCACUGGAAAGAUCUCGGUGAAGGGUACCUCUGGUGGCCAGGGGGUCCUCAUGGUUCAGAACAGAGAGGGUGGAACUGUUGUCAGGAAGCAGGUGCUCUCUGCCACACAAGCGAAUUCAAUCACACCAGUUAAAGUCGUCUCGAAGCCUGAUGGAAGCCAGGUCGUAACUCAAAUGAAGGUCAUUGCAAAACCAGUCACCCCUAAGGCACGCCCAUCUCUCCCGGGAAAAGCCGAGCCCAUAAAGAUCCAACCAAAACCCGAUCCCACCCAGAUCCAACCAAUUCACCUGGUGACAACAGUUCAGCAGCAAGUGGGCAUUCAGCCCCGUCUAACCCCCACUCCCACAAUCCGCCCGACUCCCCAAUCUCCUCAGACGCCGAAGACUCCGGACUCCCGUCCCCUACUUCCCAGGCCGACAAUUCGCCAGGCGACCCCCACCAGUGUCCUUGGUGUGACUCAAGUGCGCACUCCAGUCCGAGCGCCAACACCAAAGAUUUCGCCUCAAACUCAGCCACGUCUAACAAAACGAAUAAUUGCAGCCUCUACUCAAGGACCCCCGGUCAGGGCAAAAUACACAGUCGUGAACUGUCAAUCAGGACCAGUAGUAAAAACCCUUCCCUCAGUUCCUCAUCCUUCGAAAGCCCCGCCAAAGCCUCCAACAAAAGCCCCCCAGAGUCUGCUAUCCCCCCAGCAAAAGCUAUUAAUGGCGAAACGCAAAGCUCAAGAGGCUGCUGGAGUCGUUGGAGGAAUAAAGCCCCCGGGUAGAACUCUGGUAACACAAAACAAACAAGUGCCAAAGGCUCGGGGAAAAGUUCCAGUAGCGCCUCAAGCAUCAGUGAAACCUAAAGAAACCAAAAUAGUCGAGAGUGAUGGCCUUCACAUGGAGUUCCAGGAGGUUGGCUCGGAAGAUAGCUCUGAGGAGCAUGAGACACCAGCUCCACCACCUGAAGUGGAAACAGCACAACAAGUCGAGCCUGAGAGUCCCAGACCCUUCACUCUGUGUCCUUUAACAGGAAGGAUCAUUGGGCCUGAUGGUGAGCCCAUGGAGACUGUUGAUGGUCCAGAGCCUGAACCAGUGAGUUUAGCUACUACUGCUGAGCUGCAGGCUGUUGUUACACCCGUCACCAGUGCUGGAUCAGUACCUGGGGAUGCUGGUGGUGUGAAUGUCACUGAGACUACACCAACAACGACCGAACUGAUUUUACCUACUUUGGAGUCAUUGAGUGAAACUGGAGGGGUAAUGAGGGUGGAAAUGAGUCCUGGUGGCACCACCGGAACCAUUGUCCAAACAGAUGGAGGUAUUAGUCUAUCUAGCGUUGGUGCUAGUAGUGAUCUGCCCUGUCUCGAUGAUACUGUCACAACUGCUGCGAGUACCAAUGUAUCAACUGUUACGACAGUCACUGAGGACCAAGGAAUCGUCACUGAAGGUGUCACCAUUCCUACAACUUCAGUAUCAACAGCUACACCUGGUGAAAUUACUCCUGAUAUUAAGGAGGAGGAGAGGAGGGUCGAGGAUCCAUCGAAUCUUGUUACAAUCACUGGGGAGGAUGGGGUAGUUUAUCAGGUAGCUGGACAUGCUGAAGAUGGACAGACGUUGCUAGUGACUCGUGGAGCUGAUGGUGAACAACAGUGUGUUUAUGUUACGACGGAUCAGCAAGGAGAGGAUGGCUCGGUACUGACAUUGGAUCAUGCUGUUGCUGAGGCUGUUGCGCAGCUCAUUCCUGAUCAGGUUAAUUUGGGAUCGCAGUUCUAUGUUAAGGAGGGAGAAGAGGCUACUGGGGAGAAUCAGGUGGUUAUGUCGAUUAUGGAGGGGAGUGGAGCACAGAGCGCUGAAGACCCAGAGGGACAAGCACAGGUCGUGGCACAAGUUGUACAGGCUGAUGAUCCAUCUCCGGGUGGCACAAGAAGAGUGGUUCUUCUCCUCCCAGAUGGCAACCUGAUGAUGACAGAAGUGGAUGAAGAACAAUAUGCAGCCCUCGAGCUCGAUAAAUGAGACAACAUCUCGCCACAAAAAUUACGUGAGGACUAAAUCUGAUGAAUAAUGAAGAAACAAAUUUUGUCGAUGUAUAUAUGUAAGAAUGUUUCAACCUCGUACCUCGAGGGAAAAAAGAGCCCCAGGGAGAAUUUUUUCACCACCUAGACUGUGCAGGUACAAAGCCCCAUCCAAUUGAAAUGAACACAAGAAUAAAAAAAGACAAUUGAUCAUUUGACGAGGGUGACAGACAUCUGAAGAAAUCCCACAGAAUGAAUGAAGUAAAUUCAUUAAUCUAGGCACUAGAUUAAAAAAACAGGAACGUAUUCUAGACGUUUAUGUUUCAGUGUAUAAGGUAAAACUGUUAUUUCUUGAGUUUUAAUUUUUACUGAAUAGUGAUUAUCAUUAAAAAAGCAUAACAGAUAUCAUAGAGUCCAUCACUUUGCAGAUAAUAAUUGAAGGAGGUUAUUUAAGUUGAGAUGAGGGGGAUGUAUUUUAAGAGAAUUUAGAUAUCAAUCAGAAAUUUUAUAUAUUUUCAGAAUAACACCAGCUUGAGGGUAACGUUGUUGAAAAAAUUCAUCCAUUAAAUUGAUUUUUUGAUUUCAUUCAGGUUCAUAAAAAAAAAUAAUGAUGAAAUGAAAGAUUUGAAAUUUAUCAUCGCAGCUGGUGGCACAAAGUUCAACUAUGAAUUGAGGAUUAAAUAUUUGUAGAAUGGUAUGAAACCAAGGAUUACGUUCUUAGGAAGGUAAUUGCCCUCUCCCGAUUAAAUUAAUGAAUCAAAUAAAUCGAUAAGUCUAGUUACUCGAUUAAUCAAUCUCUUUCUUGGUCUUUGAUGAUUGUGGGAGGGUUUAACUGGAGAGAGAUUAAACGAAAUGUGAACGAUAUGAGUGAGUGUGAGUGUGAAAGUUUCAGUGAGAUUGAGGGAUGGAGACUUCUACAUAAGCAUAAACGAUGUACGAGUAUAAUAAAUUCAUUCUUACACGAAUAA